UAAACAAAACAAACAAUUUUUGAGACAACAGAUGAUUAGGAUAUUUGAUAUUUAAAUAUUAAUUGUAAGACAAUUUUGUGUCAAAUUUAUAGAUAAUGGCUUUUCUUCAGUGGAGACGAUUCAAUUUCUUUGAAAAACAGAUCCUCAAAGACGAGUCCAAUCCAUUCAGUGAUUUGUUAAGGAAGACACGCAUCACGUGUUCGAGUUCUGGCGGAUCACAUAUAAUCGUCGGCGACAGCAAUGGAUGGAUACAUAUAAUCGACAGACAGUUGCAGUUCUCAUCGUUUGUCGCCUACAAAGUGAUAGUUAGUCACUGCCAUCAAGUGAUAUCUUCGGCCUAUUUGUUUACAGUUGGUGGCGAUGAGGCCGGUAUUAAUCCUGUCGUCAAGAUAUGGAAUCGCGAGAAACUUAAUGCAGAAGGAGUUCCAUACUGUUCACGAGUAAUACGACUGUCGACCGGAUUAAUACCGUCGCCGGUGACGGCAAUUGACGUGUUGGACACAAUGAUGAUGUGUAUAGCCUUUGCCGACGGACAUAUACUUUUGUUUAGAGGAGAUAUAACACGAGACAAAAAUUGCAAACAAAAACUGAUUGCCAUAUCCACGAGUCCUGUCACUGGUCUGGCAUUUAAAGUCAACAACACUCCCGGCAUUAAAUCAAUGCACAAACAAAUUAUUUUGUUUAUAUCAACGAGUAAAGAGAUAAUUAGUUAUAAUGUGACCACAAGAGACAAAGAGAUCAAAACUAUUUUAGAUGCCUUCGGAUGUGAUGUUCGCUGUUCUUGUCUGAAGAAUGAUCCCAAACAAUUGGAAGCGCUAUUUAUUGUGGGGCGUAAAGAUGCCAUUUAUUUUUAUCAAACCGAUGAACGCGGACCGUGUGUGGCCUUUGAAGGCGAGAAACUAAUGCUUUAUUGGUAUCGAAAUUAUUUGAUAGUUAUCGGCAAAGAGACGCCAACUUCGAUCAACAAUGAAAAGCUAAAUGAAGUUCAAAACAUGCAAAUAAUUACCAUUUAUGACAUCUCACACAAAUUUAUUGCUUAUUCAUCGCCCAUUCCUCCUGUGAGUGAAGUAUUUGGUGAAUGGGGUUCUCUUUAUUGUAUAACCACUGAUGGCCGAGUAGUAUAUCUUCGUGAAAGUGAUACACAAACUAAACUCGAAAUGUUAUUUAAGAAAAAUCAGUUUUCUUUGGCUAUUGAUUUAGCAAAGUCUCAACAAUACGAUUCUGAUGCUCUCUCAGAUAUAUUCAAACAUUAUGGCGAUCACUUGUACCGUAAAGGUGAUCACGACGCGGCUAUUGCACAAUAUAUACAUACUAUCGGCCGAUUGGAGGCUAGUUAUGUGAUACAAAAGUUUUUGGACGCCCAACGAAUACAUAAUUUAACCGCUUAUUUACAAGCACUUCACCGCAAAGGUUUGGCUAAUGAAGAUCACACAACAUUGCUGAUCAACUGUUACGUCAAACUUAAGGAUAAGUCUAAAUUGGAUGAGUUUUUAAAGUCGGAUGAAUACGAUGCCAACAUUUGUCAUUACGACGUGGAAACUGCUAUCAAAGUGUUACGACAGGCCGGCUAUUAUGAUAACGCUCUCUAUUUGGCCACAAAACAUAAGCGCAACGAUUCAUUUCUCAACAUUAGUUUAGAGGAUAAGCACGACGCCAACGCUGCCAUUGAUUACAUGAAACAUAUGGAUUGGCCUGAAGUUUGUGAUUAUAUGAAAAAGUAUGGACGCAUUCUUAUGAAUGAAGAACCGGACAAAACUACUGAUAUACUCAAGAGGUUGUGCACUGAGUAUAAACCUGAAGAACAAUCAUUGGAUGACCAGAUAGUGACCGGUUUGGAUCUGUUGACAAUGUCUGAAAGACAACGUCCGAAUCCAGAAGAGUUUAUUCAUAUAUUUGUCAAAAACUCACAGAAACUCAUCGAUUUCUUGGAAUAUAUGAUAGAAAUGCGUGACAACGACUGUUCGGCUGAAGUACACAACACUUUGCUUGAACUUUAUUUGCAAUCUUAUAAAACUGAGAUUAAAGAGGAUGGUUUAGCAAUAAAAGAGUCGCAAAUUUUAAAGUUGUUGAAGAAUAAUGAAGCCAAGUAUGAAGUGGAACAGGCAAUGGUAUUGUGCCAAAUGAGUCACUUUGACGCCGGUUUACUAUAUCUCUAUGAAAAAGCAAAGAUGUUUAAACCAAUUCUUAAUUAUUACAUAUCCAAUGGUAAUGGCGCUAAUGUUUUAGAAAUUUGUCAAAAAUAUGGUAACGAAGACUCUAAUCUAUGGGUCGAUGCUCUCUGGUAUUUCUCAAAGACAGAAGACAAUGAAAAAACAAUUAAAGUGAUCAAUGAAAUAGAGACCAAACGAUUACUCCAACCGAUUAUGAUUAUAGAGAUAUUAUCGCGGAGUGAGUCGGCCACACUCGCUGUCGUUAAAGACUAUUUGGUCCGAUGGCUAACCCGAGAGAACGAACAAAUGGCUGAAAAUGACAAACUUAUCGAUCAAUUCAAGGACGACACCGAACGUAUGCGACAACAGAUCGAUGAGAUGAGAAGUGCACCGAAAGUAUUUCAAGCGACCAAAUGUAGUGCUUGUAAUCAUCAGUUAGAGUUACCAUCCGUUCAUUUUCUAUGCGACCAUUCCUACCAUCACCACUGCUUCGAGAGUUAUGCCGCUGAAAAUGAUUCCGAUUGUCCGCUUUGUUUGCCUGAAAAUAGGAAAAUUUUGAGUCAAAUUCAUACAUUAGAAAAUGUUAAAAAUGUUAACGAAAUGUUUGAAAAACAAUUACAAGAAUCGGACGACUGUUUUACUGUAAUAUCUAAUUAUUUUAGUCAAGGAAUCUUUAACCGAUUGUCGCCCCUCACUGAUGAAAGUGUCCUACAAUCCGGUGCGUCCGGUCGACCCAAUACUUUAAAUUUAGUUAAUUAUAAUACAUUUUAAUAUA